GGAAAGUUUUCCGUUUUUGCGGUGGUCUUGUCUUGAUCCCAAACAUCUCCAAGCUUCUGUAUUGUCCUUCGUUUUCUCUUUUUAUCUAUUCUCCUUCCCCUCGUGCUGAAUCAAGAAUUUUGAGUCCCAUUUGUAAGUAAUGCUGUGAUUUUUUGUUCAAGAAAAUUACCGUCUAACAGUCGUGAUAGAUAACCCGCUUAAAGAGGCUGUGGUGGUGUUUCGGUGGAAGUUCAGCGUCAGUCUCCAUUGCCCCUGAUGAAAAGAUAGAAUCUUUUGAUCACCUCGAUCAUUUUCUUCGUUUCCGUCUUUGAUUUUCAAUUUCUCUCUGCGUACUUCACGCCAUGGCUACCGCUUCAGAUCGUACGAGUCUACGAUAUUCUUCCCCUUGGCCGAAAUUGACGUCACUCGGAAGUUACGAUUUUGUUGAAUCUGCUUGGAUCACCGUUAAAAAUCGCAAGCCGCGUGGAAACAGCGAGUCUCGCGAUGUAGUCUCUCCCAGCGGUGAGGGAGAAGCCGCCAGACGUCGCGGCGGUACCUCUCGCGACGCAAUCCCUCCAGCGGCCAUGGAGCCGACACACCUUGCGGCGGUGAAUCUAGCGGCAUCGACGUACCUGGCGGUGGCGCAGCCUCGAAGCUGGCCUCUAGUGCGUUCUGAAAACGUAAAAAAAACAGUGACUCCCAAAUGAGGAAAACUGCUACUGCACAUUGAAGGACUCCCUCUCUUCUUGGCAUUUAAGUCCAGGGAGGACCAUCGCAAACAGAUUGAGUUGGAGGAGGCACGAAAAGCGGGGCUUGCACCAGCUGAGCUUGAUGAGGAUGGGAAGGAAAUCAACCCUCAUAUUCCCCAGUAUAUGUCAUCUGCGCCAUGGUAUCUUAAUGCCGAGAGACCUAGUUUGAAACAUCAAAGAAAAUGGAAAUCUGAUCCCAAUUACACCAAAUCAUGGUACGAUAGAGGUGCUAAAAUCCACCAGGCUGACAAGUAUAGGAAAGGCGCAUGCGAAAAUUGUGGAGCUAUGACGCAUGAUGUGAAGUCAUGUAUGGAAAGACCACGAAAAGUGGGAGCAAAAUGGACAAACACUCACAUUGCCCCUGAUGAAAAGAUAGAAACUUUUGAGCUUGACUAUGAUGGAAAACGGGACAGAUGGAAUGGUUAUGAUGCGUCAACUUAUGCUCGAGUCAUUGAGAGGUAUGAAGCUAGAGAUGAAGCACGAAAGAAGUACCUGAAAGAACAACAACUUAAGAAAUUGGAGAAGAGCAACCAAAACGGUGAGGAUGCUGCAAGUGAUGAGGAUGAUGAGGAAGAUGAUCUAAGGGUAGAUGAGGCAAAGGUUGAUGAGAGCAAACAAAUGGACUUUGCAAAGGUUGAGAAGCGUGUGCGUACAACAGGUGGUGGGAGUACAGGAACUGUGAGGAAUUUACGUAUUCGAGAAGAUACUGCAAAAUAUCUUCUUAAUCUUGAUGUCAAUUCAGCACAUUAUGAUCCCAAGACCAGAUCCAUGCGAGAGGAUCCACUUCCAGAUGCAGAUCCAAAUGAAAAAUUUUAUGGGGGUGAUAACCAAUAUAGAAAUAGUGGGCAAGCUUUGGAAUUUAAGGAGUUGAACAUCCAUGCUUGGGAAGCAUUUGAAAAGGGACAAGAUGUUCACAUGCAAGCGGCCCCAUCACAAGCUGAAUUAGUCCAUAAGAGUUUCCUUAUCCGGAGUGAGGAGCUGAAGCAUCAAACAAAGAAAACCAUUAUUGAGAAGUAUGGCAAUGCUGCUGAUGAGAACAAGCCUCCAAGAGCACUUCUGCUUGGCCAAACUGAAAUGCAAGUUGAGUAUGAUCGUGCUGGUAGAAUAAUUAAAGGCCAGGAAGCAGCUGUUCCCAGGAGCAAGUAUGAAGAAGAUAUUUACAUUAACAACCACACAACUGUGUGGGGUUCAUGGUGGAAGGAUCACCAGUGGGGCUAUAAGUGCUGCAAGCAAACAAUUCGAAAUAGCUAUUGCACUGGUGCCGCUGGUAUUGAGGCUGCUGAAGCUGCAAGUGAUCUUAUGAAAGCUAAUAUUGCCCGAAAGGAGGCUGCUACAGAGGAUCCUGCACCUGUGGAGGAGAAAAAGCUUGCUACGUGGGGUACUGAUGUUCCAGAUGAUUUAGUUCUAGAUGAGAAAUUGCUUGCUGAUGCACUCAAGAAGGAAGAUCUAAGGAAGAGGGAAGAAAAAGAUGAGAGGAAACGCAAGUAUAAUGUCAGAUGGAACGAUGAGGUUACUGAAGAGGAUAUGGAAGCAUACAGAAUGAAGAAAGUACAUCAUGAUGAUCCAAUGAAAGAUUUCCUACACUGAGCUUCAAAAUAAUAUCUCUUUCAUUAAAAGUCAGGAGCUCGGGGGAGCUAUUAAUGAUUUUAUAUAGAUUUUUAUGCAUCAGUUAACACUUCCGAGUCGCACAAUCACUUCAUAAUCACUUAUGAAGGAGAUUCGAAAAAGGCUUACCUGCUGAGCAGUCACUUCAUUCUCGUCCUUUUCCUUAGCUUUCUCCUCAUUUUGAACUUCAGCUUUGUUCCUGAUAAGAUAAGCUCAUCCACCUUGCUUGUAUACCCUCUAAUAAGCUUCAUUAAAAAAAAUGGUUAACUUCGGCUGUUGAUGAAUAUCAAUAUACCAGAGCCACAAACAAAAGCAUACCUGUAAGAGACAUGGGAAAGCAAAAUCAAUCAUGUUCAUCCAAGCUAGCUCAAGAGCAACAUCUGGCCGGAUAAUAUCAUUACAGACAAAGACGCAUGAUACAAAACACGCCUUCUAUAUCAAUAUAUUCCUUUUGUUAAUUAAGAGAAAAGAACUGGUGCAGGAAAUGAAGAACGGAGCAGCCAAAUAAUUUCUAGCCGGAGCGGGGAUCAACCGUACUAUGCCACCAAGUGGGGCCUAGUUUGUAUCUAAUCUUAUAACUUAUAUUACCAGAGUUGGAUAUUUUAAGGAAAA